AUGGCAGAUAUGUUGACGCAGCUGCAAGAUGCAGUCGAUCAGCUUGCACAGCAAUUCGUUGCUUCGUUGCAUUAUGUCAACAAACAUCACGACUAUGCGCUGCUUGGACCGACAGAUAGACUGGUGACUGCUAACAAAAAUGGCGGUGUUGCGGCACCACAAGAAGAUGAGAUCGAUCCAAAAUCCGAAGCCGCUUUCAAGGAUGGACAGCGCGAAUUAGCUCGAGACAUCAUUAUCAAGGAACAGCAGAUCGAAUACCUCAUCUCGCAGCUCCCCGGCUUAGAGAAUAGUGAGAAGGACCAAGACGAAACGAUACGGCGGCUAGAGGAAGAAUUGAAGGUAGCCGAAGAAGAGCGCAAAGAGGCCGUGAAAGAGAGAGCGGCAGUUCUCGCGAAGCUGGAGACUGUCAUCAGGAGUGUGAAGAGGCCUUAA